UCCUACGGAGACUCGGCAGUCGCAUCGAGUCGACGGACGCGCACGAUCUCGACGUCCUUUUCCUCGUCGUUCCAUUCGCCAGUGUCGCCGCGGUGCAACGAUUCCAAACGACACUUAAUCCGAAUCUGCCGCGUUCGCCAACAGUCCCUCGGUAUCUCCACCAAGCGCACCGACAUCUAAUCCGAUCAAGUUCUUUCAUGUCAUUUACGGGUCGCGACAGUGAAAGGGAAAGACAGUCUCGUGUAUCUGGUGUCGCGUCGGACAAGAGGUCGUUCCGUGACCGGUGGAGACGAACGGUCGCGAGUCCGCGAUUAUUAAUUAAGCUUCCUGACUUUCAAGAAAAACUUGUUCACGAGGACAUCGAGCGAGCGUCGCGCACCGAGAUGCAGUUAUCUUUCGGCAAUAAGAGAAGUUAGUCAAGAGAGCGAGAGCGAGGGCGAAAGAGAGAGAGAGAGAGAGAUAGUUGCGCGAGACGCGUUGCAAGUCGGGGGAACAUGGGUGGAUCGAGAGGCAGCGCGAUCCUGUUGAUCUUGGCGGUCGCGUGGUUCCGGCUGGCGGUUUCCGGGGUCAAGGACCACGUGGUGGCAUUGAACGUGACCGAUCAUCACGGACCGGCGCUGGCGGACUCUGUCGAGAACGAGGUCUCUUUCACCAGCGACGAGUUGGACCAGCAUCCGCACACCAUCUCCGGUAAACCGACGAAACUCGACACGAACGUUAACCAGAUGAUUCAGACGGACGACAAGUCGCAGUAUCAGAUCGAGGCGACGCGAAUGGAGAACGCGACCGCGUCUCCGUUGCAGUCGACCGAGUGUCAGAACGGCGAGGCGAUGACGACGACGACGACGACGACAAAGGAUCUGUUUGACCUGCUCGACAGAUUGUCCAGGAUCGACACGUACAACGUGACCGACUCGGUGCAGAUCGUAAGAAACCAGGAUGUGGUCGCCAGGAAAGACGAAAAAGGUAACGACCGGCCGGACGCGACGCUACUCGAUAAAGUUCGCCGGUACGCAAGGGAACACGUAAUAAAGAUACGUCUGAGCCAGGACUUAAUACCUGAUAGAAAAGCUAGAACCUUCUUCAACGCCAUCUUUCAGGGAAAGAGUACCUUUUUAACAGGAUUCGGACUUGGUUUUCUAGCAUUUGGCCUGAAGAAGCUGCUGCUACCUCUGAUUUUUGGUGUACAGAUCAUUAAGAGUGUCUUACUAGCGCUUUUCCUCCCAAGUAUCAUCGGAAGUAUCAGUAAUAUCGUCGGCAAAGGAGUUUCAUCGUUUGCGCAAUCGACGCACACCACGGCGCAGCCAGAGGAAAGCUUCGAGUUCAAGGAUAACUCCGACUUGUACAACGACGACUAUUUGACGCGACAACCGGUAGGAACGUUACCAGCCUCCGCGAUGUACGACGAAAGUAUGAUGCAGUCUCAGAAAACACCAGAAAUCGCCUCUAGAUACUCCUACGUUGAUCCUAAAAUUACACACGCGAAUGCCGUUGCUGAUCGUUAUUACACCAGGCACGUUGCUGCACACGGGCUUUCUAAGAAGCAAGAUUUUAAGGUGUUCCACGAGAUUCCGACGAGUUCGCUGCUGCUAACCAACUACGAUCCUUUCUACUCUCCCCUGUUAUCACGCCUGGACGCCGUGUUCUCUCGCCUCGGCCACACGACGGAGGGUUGCAGAGAGUACGCGGUGUGCGCGAUGUACAGGAGUCCCGCCAGGUACGCGCCAUACUCGAACUUAGUCUCGGCGCAGUUGUCCAGAGAGUUGAACGAACUGAGAAGACCCAGCAGCGACAAUCCCGACGUUCUGAGGUUCUUCCGGUACAUGAAGGCCGCGAAAGAUGGCCAAGACGGCGUGAAGUGCGAGGACGCGUACGCGAGUUGCGCGAUCGCGCGACAGGAUCAGACUCUCAGGCAAAAUCAGGCGAUGUUGGCUACUUAUCAGGACAUUGACAAGCUCGUCCAUGCGAGGAAGCUGUAAGAGAGAAGAAAAGGAGCGAGGAUACAAUCCUGGGACUGAAUGAUUGCGGUCGAAGGAUAUUGUGUUUUUAUUCAGUUGGAUGUGAGACGAUUCGUUGAUUGUCGUUAGUUGUACUUUGGUGCACAGGUAUACGAAGACUUUGAGCCAAUUGCAGUUCCUGAAAAUAGUCUGAAUGGCACUUUAGCGAAUCUACUUGAAUUAUGAUUUUAUUUUUCUAUUAUUUCUGUCCAUGCUUCGUUUAUUUACACCAUCCAUGAGUAACAUAACCCAACUAUUUAAUUACUCAUUGCUCGAUUGUUUUGAUUCCUCAUAGUCUACACACUACUCGUGUAAUUUAAAAAUUUGAAAAUUGUGAAAAGUUUAUUUGUUACACUUCGUAAGUACGAUACUUGUUUGUUACAAUUAUUAAUAGUUGCCAGAUUUUAAAUCAAAUCAAUCCUACUUUUCCGAAUAAACGAAGUUGUAAUCGUGGAAAAUCAAAUUGGAAAGAGUUUCAACGAUUUCUGAUUAAUUUGUAUCAAAUUUGAAUGCUAGAACUUUCGACUUACGAAUUUCCGACUCUGACGAAAGAGUAGCUUGAAGAACGCUUCCGUCCGGCGUUGAAAUCUCCGCGCGGUCACAGUAGCGCCUAGUUAUGAUGCGUUUGAACCAAACGAACGAAUGCUCGUUCGUAUCUUGCGUCAAUUAGAUUCGUAUCACCUGUUACUUCACUCACAUCACUAUUAAGGAGCUACUUUAGCAAACGAGCACGAGUUUGAUCGAGCUGGGAGACGAAACGAGCACUCGUUCGUUUAAUCUAAACGCAGCAUUGCACGAGAUCUCUUUAUAUAUAUAUACUUCCAGAUUCGUUGCCGUUCAGAAUAUUUAAAAGAUCAUAUUCACCGAGGCUCAAGGUCAACUAUCUCCGCACCUGGUUACCUCCGUACACGACGACAGAUUCUUACUCACAUACUCGAUCAAAUUAAAGACAGAAUCAAAGACGCUUAACAUAAAAUAAUUUCGCGCGUAGGCCAGACGAAGGAAACAAAUGACGAUCAUUACGUGGACCGUGAUAACGGUACAUGAUAGCUGGACAGACCGGUGUAUCAUUACCGGCGUUCGAAUGUUACGCACUUACGUAAUAGUCGACUUAUACAGUGGCUAGAAGUAGGUCCGACAAAUAACUAUACGCGAUUAGAGACACGCACAAUUUACCAGGAAAUAAUUUCAUGGGCGUGUUUCCGUGGAAUUCGAUGUUUCGAACUGUACUAACGUUCGAUCGCCACGGUAGUAGGGAUGCUCGAUUACGUUCGAUCGAGCCGUCGUGGAAAAUCGCGAGGUGUCGCGAACGCCUCGAUUUUCCACUGGCGGGGAACCCAGUGAUUCACGAUUUAGCGGUUUUAAUUUCAAUAAAGCAGCGAGUGACUGUAUGACGCGGAGCUUGAGGCCACGAUACCAAUUCAAUUCCUACUUGGCGUGGUCCACCCUCCCGCGAGCUUAGAUAUUUAUUUAUUGGCUGCGAGAAAUCGCGGCUGUUAAUUUAUUAAUCGGUCGUGCGAGGUGAAUGAAUGCCCGCGCCCACCAUUACUGGAUCUAUUUAUUCAUCCGAUGCGGAUCAACGCAACUCUUCUGUACAGUGCGUCAAUAAAACGCUGUGAAUUGCGCUAA